AUGGUGUUCGGGAUCGUCAUGAUGGCGGCAAUGGUGCCGACCAUGAUGGGCGUCAAUGAAGCGACCAAAGGCACCAAGGAUCAUGAAAACCAGCGGCGGAAGAAUGCGCGAACACAGCGAUCUCAUCUUCUGGUUCAGUGCCCAUCCUAUGAGGAGCCACUGCAGCAGAGAAAGGCAGUCCACAAUGCACAGGUAUACUUGGGCACAGAUGGCAAAGUCUAUAUUACAAAGUCGAACUGCCCACAGCUCUCACUUUUUAAUGGCGGAUUCUACCCACACCCUGAAUUUCCACCUGACAACACAGCAGGGUUUGUUACCAUCUCGGGUGAAGCACCUCCGACUCUGCGUUGGCUUUACGUGGAUUCAAAGACUCAUGAGGUGCGCUGGGGCGGCCGACAAGAAAGCCAAGGGAAUUUAUGUGGUCCUUUUGACUGGACAAAGGAUGAAUCACGCGUCACGUUAGAGGGCUGGGAAGGUUGGAUGGCUGUGCGGCUUCCGCGCGAUGAAAUGUAUGCCAAGGAGUUAGAUAUGGAGGACACUCAAGGACUUUGGAGGCUUUAUUUUGAUCAAAACGAUGAUGGAGCUGAUCUUCCUCCGGGCGCUGAGGUUUUAGAAGUCAUACUCAGUAGAACUAUGGCCGAGUCCUGA